AUGUUUAGAUUGUCGAUCAGAGGCCUUUUCACACAUACAACCCGCCAAAUACACACCCCACUUCCCGUAGCGUUUGAACCUCAAAAAGGAUUAGGAAAAUUAUUUAGCCCCACGUCACUGACAAAUUUCUAUGAAAAUCACAUUCGAUUAAUAGAAAAAUUGAACACGCUCGUUGCUGGUACGGAGUAUGAGGAUGAUACGUUACGCGGAUUAAUCCAGAAGACAGCACGACUUCCUGAGAAGGCUCAAUUAUUCAAUUACGCAUCACAAAUAUGGAAUAACGACUUUUUCCUCCAAUCUCUGUCCGACAGCUCAAGUUUGCAAAGAGAUGCCGUACUUACCGAUCGGUUAAAGAAAGAAUUUGGAUCACAAGAGAAUUUCGACACUCAAUUCAUUAAUAGUGCAUUGGCAAUAUUUGGUUCUGGAUGGACCUGGUUAGCAGAGACGGAAUAUCAAGUGCUACGAGUAGUCAAUACUUAUAACGCAGGCACAGUUCUUGAUACAACGCGGACUCAAGAGAACGAUGUAAACACCAGCAUUCCCAACCCUUCCGCAGGAAUGCAGCUCCAAUCGACCAAGUUGAAUCCAUUAUUGUCCGUGUGUGUAUGGGAACACGCGUACUUACAUGACCAUGGAAUAGAUGGGAGAGAAAAUUACUUAAGGGCAUUCUUACAACAUGUAAACUGGGGAGUUGUUGAAAAGAGGAUGGGGAUCUUUGCCUGA